CACUGCCCCUCGUCAUAUAUAUUCACCUUCUAUGGUAUCUUAUCCAAAAUACACACAUAAAAAUGGAUGCAUUGCAUAAAAAUAACGAGAAGAAGCCUCAUGUAGUUUUUGUACCAUAUCCAGCACAAAGCCACAUCAAGGGUAUGCUAAAACUAGCAAGGCUACUACACCACAAUGGCAUUCAAGUAACCUUUGUUAACACGCAAUCGAACCACUACCGCCUCUUUAAGUCUACUGAUCCCAAUGGUCCUGGUUUUCAGUUUAAAACGAUUCCAGACGGCCUCCCUUCUACGGGUGAUGUAAGCGAGCAUGGACAAAACCAAACCUUGCGUUGUGUCUCCUCGUAUCUUCACAUCAAUUUCUUGGAUUCUUUUCUUGAUCUUGUGUCACGACUCGAAAGUCCAGUCACGUGUAUCAUUGCUGAUGGCUUGAUGACCUUCGCGAACACUAGUGACGCGGCUGAGAGGCUCGGAGUCCCUGUGAUGCAUUACUGGGCACUUGCUGCUUGCGGCUUUAUGGCGAUUUACCAAGCCAAAGUUCUCGUGGAAAAAGGAAUUCUCCCACUUGAAGAUGAAAGUUAUUUGACAAAUGGGUACCUUGAUAUGGCGUUAGAUUGGAUUCCAGGAAUGGAAGGAAUCCGGUUAAAGGAUCUACCAAGAAAUAUGCUAGUCACGAAAGAUGAUCCUCGGAUAAAUUUUUGUCUAGGAGCAGCUAGGAUGGCUGAGAAAGUCUCACACAUCAUUCCUACUUUUUAUGAAUUAGAGGCUACUCUCAUCGAUGAGCUUCAAUCCAUUUUCCCUCAUAUCUACUCGGUUGGGCCUCUACAGUUACUUCUGAACCAGAUUACGCAACCAAAAACCAAGAAUUCGAGCUUGGAAACCUAUAGUUUAUGGAAGGAAGAAUCCGAGUGUAUCGACUGGCUCCAAGAUAAGGAACCCAACUCUGUGGUGUAUGUCAGUUUUGGAAGUGAGACAAUAAUCUCUUCACAAGAGUUACUAGAACUUGGUUGGGGACUUGUUAAUAGUAACCAUUAUUUUAUUUGGAUCAUCCGGGAGGAUUUGGUUAAUGGGAAGGCUGCGGUUUUGUUACAAGAACUUGAGGAGGCGAUUAAGAAGAGAGGCUUUAUUGCAAGCUGGUGUCCACAAGAAGAGGUACUAAACCACCACUCGGUUGGUGGGUUCUUGACACAUUGCGGGUGGGGUUCAUUGAUUGAGAGCUUGUCUGCUGGGGUUCCGAUGAUAUGUCGGCCGGGUGCUGCUGAUCAACCGGUUAACUGUAAUCAGAUGUGUAAGAAAUGGGAGGUUGGCAUGGAGUUAAGGAACGUUAUAAAGAGAGAUGAAGUAGAAAAGCUUGUAAGGGAGUUAAUGGGGGGAGUUGAGGGUGACAGGAUGAGAAAGAAGGCUUUGGAGUGGAAGAAAAUGGCAGCAAUGGCAUCAGGUCCCAGUGGAUCAUCAUCUCUAGAGAUCCAAAAACUUGUUGAUGAAGUUACUUUCUUGUCAAGAAAGUAAAUUCCCUUUCUUCUUUAUGUAACCUUUUUGUCUCAAACUGGUUUAUGUUGGUUGAAUCACAUUUUCUGUAUUAAUAAAGCUUGAAAUAUUAGUGUUGCAGAAGUGUAAUUCAGUGAACAUUCUUAGCCGUAGAGCGGAUAUCCUUCAACUAUUAAUAACAACUAGCAAUGUUU